AUCGUACUCUUGUUCUUCUUUCACUGCCGGCAGCACUCAGCUGUUGCUUUGUUUUGUAUUAAAGCCAAAUAUCAUUUAAUUUAAAUUUUUGUGUUUAUUUUGUGAAAUGUGUGUUGUUUGAGCACAUGUAUUACAUUUGCACAUAAUGUCGACACCACUUGAACAGCAAACAGAUGAGCGAGAAGCUCUGCAAUCCAUUUACGAAGGCGAUGAAAAUUUCAAAGAAAUCAACUUGACCACAUUUCAAUAUAAAUAUGGCGAAGAGGAUAGCUAUAAAUCAUUUUUAGUGGAAUUAAAAUGGGGCGAAAAUUAUCCUGAUGAGGCGCCCACGAUCAAUCUGAAUACCUUUUACAAUCGCAAUCUCUUGCCCGUUGUGAAGGAUGCAAUAGAAACAGCGCUUAACACAGAGGCAACUCAGUGGUUGGGCUGUGGCAUGACCUAUACACUAUUCGAAUGCCUUAAAGACAAUUUGGAACAGCUAACUGCUGCACAGCCAGAAAGUGCGCCCGCUGUGGCCGCCGCUGACGACGGCGUUGCGGCGCUUAAGAUAUCAGAUACAACGGCAGAUGCUAAGCAAAAGGAACCCAAAAAAGAGCAAUUGACAAAGGCGCAAAAGCGUCGUCAAUGGGAACGCACCGAUCAUAAGGGCGAACAUGCACGUGGCUGGGAUUGGGUGGAUAUUGUUAAGCACCUGUCACAAACUGGCAGCAAAGAAGACGCUGCAGCUGCGUUGGAGAGUGCAGCAGCAGCAGCCGCUGCCACACCUGUUCUGCACCCGCUUAAUAUUUAAAUGGAAAUGUC